ACUUGGCCCACCAUGAGUCUACAACACUCACAUGACCAUGACCAUCACGACCACGCCCACUCCGAAUCAGACGCAUCCACAAUAGCUGCUGCUGACGGCUCGACCGGCGCUCACCACCACCACUCAGACCCAAAGAAAGGGCCCUACAACACACGCGAUGCCGACGAAAUAGCAGAGGCCAACCGGAGAGAGGAGGCUGUCCACCAUCUUGCCAGACGCCUGACUGCCCAGAGCAGCCAAUCCUAUGCAUAUGGAAACCCCUUCAAUGCCGCUCCCGACUCGCCCCUCGACCCCAAUGGCAAAAACUUCAACGCCCGCGCCUGGACAAAGGCCAUGCUUAACUUGCAAGAGCAAGACGCCAAUGCACCGCCCAAACGCACUGCCGGCAUAAGUUUUCGCGACCUCAACGUCCAUGGUUUUGGCACCGAUGCCGAUUUCCAGAAGAGCGUUGGUAACAGUUGGCUCGCGGGUGUUGGCUUGGCCAAGAAACUCAUGGGCGAUAAAGGCCGCAAGAUCAAUAUUCUGCGAAACUGCGACGGCAUAGUAGAGGCGGGUGAGAUGUUGGUUGUGCUUGGACCCCCCGGAUCCGGUUGCUCCACUUUCUUGAAGACGAUUACUGGAGAGACGCACGGUUUCUUUGUCGACGAAAACUCGCGCCUCAACUACCAAGGUAUCAGUGCCGAGGAAAUGAACAACAAGUACCGCGGUGAAGCUAUCUACACCGCUGAAGUCGAUGUUCAUUUCCCCAUCUUGACGGUCGGAGAGACGCUCUACUUUGCUGCUCAAGCUCGUCGCCCAAGACACAUCCUAGGUGGCGUCAGUGUAAAGCAGUACGCUGAACACCAGCGUGAUGUCAUCAUGGCCUUGUACGGAAUCUCUCACACUAUCAACACUCGCGUUGGUAAUGACUACAUCCGUGGUGUCUCCGGUGGAGAGCGAAAACGUGUCACCAUUGCCGAGGCCUCUCUCAGCAGAGCACCCCUGCAAGCAUGGGACAACUCCACCAGAGGUCUCGACUCUGCAAACGCCGUCGAGUUCUGCAAGACGCUACGUAUGGAGACGGAGAUCAACGGCAGUACCGCAUUUGUCGCCAUUUACCAGGCGCCCCAAGCCGCUUACGAUCUCUUCGACAAGGCGCUAGUUCUCUACGAAGGCCGCCAGAUCUACUUUGGCAGUACCACAGCAGCCAAGGAUUACUUCGUCAACAUGGGUUUCUACUGCCCCGACCGUCAGACUGAUGCCGAUUUCUUGACUUCCAUGACCAGUCCCCUCGAGCGUAUCGUUCGCGAUGGCUUCGAGGGCCGCGUUCCCCGCACUCCUGAUGAGUUUGCGCAGCGGUGGCUGAAUUCUCCCGAGCGAGCAGCUCUCCUUGGCGAGAUUGAAGCCUACGAGCAAAAGUAUCCCAUUGGUGGCGAGUCCAGCCAGCGCUUCCAGGAGGCCCGCAAACUUGAGAAAGCAAAGGGCCAGCGCGAGCAGUCGCCCUACACGCUUUCUUACGGAGACCAAAUCAAGCUUUGUCUAUGGCGAGGCUUCGUCCGUUUAAAGGCUGAUCCUAGUCUUACAAUGUCGGCGUUUUUCGCAAACUCCAUCAUGGCCCUCAUCAUUGGAUCCGUCUUCUACAACCUCCAGGAAACGUCGGGAAGUUUCUAUUCCCGAUCCGCUCUACUCUUCUUCGCCAUCCUCAUGAGUGCCUUCAGUUCUGCUCUCGAGAUCCUGACGCUCUAUGCUCAACGUUCCAUUGUCGAGAAGCACUCGCGCUACGCUCUAUACCAUCCAUCUGCCGAAGCCUUUGCCAGUAUGUUGACGGAUAUGCCCUACAAGAUUGUGAAUGCAAUCUGUUUCAACCUGACUUUGUACUUCAUGACGAACCUGCGGAGAGAGCCUGGCAACUUCUUCUUCUUCCUCCUCAUCUCCUUCACGCUGACCGUCACCAUGUCCAUGCUUUUCCGAUCCAUUGCCGCUGUGUCGCGCACCCUGGAACAGGCUUUGGCGCCCGCUGCAAUUCUCAUCCUGGCUCUCGUCAUGUACACUGGCUUCGCCAUUCCUCCCAACUACAUGCGGGGGUGGGCCAAGUGGAUACGCCGCGUCAACCCCGUCGCCUAUGGUUUCGAGUCGCUCAUGGUCAACGAGUACCACAACAGGCGGUUCCAGUGCAACAAGUACAUUCCUUCCGGCACUGGCUAUGAGAAUGCCUCGGGUAUCGAACGAGCUUGUAGCGCUAUAGGAUCCGUUGCGGGACAGCCCUGGGUCGAAGGUGACGCCUACAUUGGCUCGGCUUUCGGCUACAAAAUUGGCAACAAAUGGCGCAACUACGGAAUCAUGUGGGCAUUCUUGAUUUUCUUCAUGUUCAUCUAUCUUGCUGGAACAGAAUUCAUUACCGCCAAGAAGUCCAAGGGUGAAGUCCUGGUUUUCCGUCGUGGUCACAAGCUCCCCAUUCCCAGAAGCAGGUCCGACGAUGAUGUUGAAGCUGCUAAUCCUGGACGUCCUGUCGCUGUGCAGAAUGAUAGUUCUGAUGAGAUUGCUAUAAUUGAAUGUCAAACCGCCAUCUUCCAAUGGGAGGACGUUUGCUACGACAUCACCAUCAAGGGGGAGCCUCGCCGCAUUCUCGACCACGUCAAUGGAUGGGUUAAGCCUGGUACUCUGACUGCCCUCAUGGGUGUUUCGGGUGCUGGUAAAACUACUCUUUUGGACUGCUUGGCUACGCGUACGACCAUGGGCGUCAUCACCGGUCAAAUGCUGGUAGACGGCAAGCCCCGUGACGACUCUUUCCAGCGCAAGACGGGCUACGCUCAACAACAAGAUCUUCACCUUUCCACUUCAACUGUUCGCGAAGCCCUUACUUUCUCUGCUAUCCUGCGCCAGCCAGCACACGUCUCCCGCGAAGAGAAGAUCAAAUACGUCGACGAGGUCAUCAAGCUUCUGGACAUGUCCGAAUACGCAGAUGCGGUCGUGGGUGUGCCUGGUGAAGGUCUCAAUGUCGAGCAGCGAAAGCGUCUUACUAUUGGUGUCGAAUUGGCUGCUAAGCCAGCACUCCUCCUUUUCCUUGACGAACCCACCUCUGGACUCGACUCGCAAACCUCUUGGGCUAUUCUGGACCUUCUCGACAAGCUAAAGAAGAACGGCCAGGCUAUUCUUUGUACUAUCCAUCAGCCUAGUGCCAUGUUGUUCCAGCGCUUUGAUCGUCUUUUGUUUUUGGCCCGCGGUGGACGUACGGUUUACUAUGGAGACAUUGGCGAAAACUCAAAGACCCUUGUCGACUACUUCGUUCGCAACGGCGGUCCUCCAUGCCCUCCUGCCGCCAAUCCUGCCGAAUGGAUGUUGGAAGUCAUUGGCGCUGCUCCUGGGUCGCAUACUGAAAUUGACUGGCCCCAGACCUGGCGCGGCUCUCCCGAGUAUCUUGAGGUCAAGCGUCAUCUUGCCGAACUUAAGUCGGAACGCGGCCAGGCCGAGGCUCUCCAGCGUACCCUGUCUGCCCAGAAGCGUGAGGACGAGGCUGCUUACCGCGAGUUCGCCGCACCAUUCAUUGUCCAGCUGCGUGAGACGUUGGUUCGUGUCUUCCAACAAUACUGGCGCACACCUUCGUACAUCUACGCAAAGACGGCUCUCUGCGUCUUCUCGGCUCUCUUCAUUGGCUUCUCACUGUACAAGAUGCCUAACACCCAGACUGGUCUCCAGAACCAGAUGUUUGGUAUCUUCAUGUUGAUGACCAUCUUUGGUCAAUUGGUCCAGCAGAUCAUGCCCCACUUCGUCACUCAGCGUGCCUUGUACGAGGUUCGUGAGCGGCCUAGCAAGACCUACUCUUGGAAGGCUUUCAUGGCUUCCAACAUUAUCGUCGAACUUCCCUGGAACUCGCUCAUGGCUGUGCUUAUCUUCUUCUGCUGGUACUACCCCAUCGCUCUUUACAAGAACGCCGAGCCCACAGAUGCUGUUUCUCUCCGCGGUUUCCAGUCAUUCCUCUUCGUCUGGAUGUUCUUGCUCUUCACCUCGACCUUUACGCACAUGGUCAUCGCUGGUAUCGACUCGGCUGAGACUGGUGGUAACAUUGCCAACUUGAUGUUCUCGCUCUGCCUCAUCUUCUGCGGUGUCCUCGCCCAGCCCUCCCAGUUUCCUCGCUUCUGGAUCUUCAUGUACCGCGUCUCACCAUUCACGUAUCUGGUGUCUGGUAUGUUGUCUACUGGUCUCGCCAACAACCAGGUGCAGUGUGCCGCGAACGAGUUUGUCAAGCUCAACCCAAUGCGCGGCAUGACAUGCGGUGACUACAUGGCCUCAUACAUUGCUGCUAAUGGUGGCUCUGUGCAAAACCCCAAUGCUACAGCCGACUGCAACUUCUGUACUGUCAAGGACACCAACACCUUCCUGAAGAACAUCUCAUCUAAAUACAGCGACGCUUGGCGUAACUUUGGCAUCCUUUGGGUCUACGUCAUUUUCAACAUCUUCGGUGCUCUCGUCUUGUAUUGGCUCAUCCGCGUGCCUAAGAACAAGAAGAUCGAGAUGAGCACACCAGAUGCGACUCCACCACAAGCGGCAUCCAAUCAGACGAUGCUCAAUGAGCCCUCUCGCCCCGCCAGCAGCAACAACUUUAACUUGGAUGGCCAGGCCGAAAAGGCCGACGAGACUGGCCGCUACGCCUCCAUCACUGGCGCCAGCACACCACAACCUCAAGAACUGUCGGAGAAGGCAGAACACUGAUUUUACCUCCGUUUGCUCUUCAGAUUGUCCCGUCUAACUAAUAAUGUGUUUGUUUGUUUGUUUGUUUCUAAAUUGGCCUGCUUCGAUGCGCCUCUGCCCUAUUUUUUUCUUAUCGCAAUCUUUGUACACUGUCAAGACGUAGAUUUGCUGUUCCUCUUACGCUCAAGCGCUGAGCUACAUUUGAUGUCAUCAAAUACUGUCUCUUGAUGAAAAAGCC